AUGGAAGGAUCAGAGGUGGAUGUAGACAAGGAGCCAGAAAUGGAAAAUGUUCAAGCUGGAGCCCCAGAACCACCAGAAAUGAAACUGAACAAUCAAGAAGAAACAAAGGAAGGUGACACCAACGAAAGUUCAUUACAGGUUCUUUCCAGAAGUAAGACUCUUCUGGUCCCAGAGUUCUUGGACACAGCCCAUGCCAAAGAGAAGGCCUCUGUCCUUGUGGUCAGCAACACACUCCUCAUGUCCACAAAGGAGCCUGAGCUCCCACAACAGGGUAAUGACAUCCCCAACUUCUCAGCAAACACCAUUCAUCCCAAGCAAGGUGAUGUCACCAAAUCCUCAGCAAAACCCACUCAGUUUAAACAGGGUAACAUCUCUAAAACCUCAGCAAAAACUACGCAGCCCAAACAGGAGAAUGUCCCCAAGCCCUCAGUAAACACCAUCCAGCCCAAGUAUAUCAACAGCCCCAAGUACUUGGCAAAAACUAUCUAUUCCAAACAGGGGAACAUCCCCAAGUCCUCAAAAAACAUCAUUCAGACUGAGUCCAACAACAUCCCCAAGUCCUUAGAGGAAACAUUCCAGUCCAAGGAGGGUGAAAUCCCCAAGUCCUUAGAGGACACCAUUCAGUCCAAGGAGGGUGAAAUCCCCAAAUCCUUAGAAGAUGCCAUCCCACCCAGGGAUGGUGACAUCCCCAAGUCCUUAGAAGACACCAUCCAGUCCAGUGAGGAAGACAUCCCCAAGUUCUCAGGGGAAACCAUUCAGCCCGAGGAAUGCACCAUCUCAAAGCUCGGAGAGGAAAUGGAGUCCCCAGAGGUGGACAUGGUAAAAGUGAUCGUGAGCAAUGAGGACUUCAAGGAGGUCCUCAAGGAGGCUGGGGAGAGGCUGGUGGCAGUGGAAUUCUCAGCCUCUUGGUGCGGCCCUUGCAGGAUCAUCAAGCCAUUCUUCCACUCUCUGUCUGUGAAGCACGAUGAUGUGGUGUUCCUGGAAGUGAAUAUUGACAACUGUGAGGAGCUCGUGAGAGACUGUGAGGUCGUUUGUCUCCCAACCUUUCAGUUUUAUAAAAAAGAAGAAAAAGUGGGUGAGUUUUCUGGUGCCCUUAAGGAAAAACUCGAAGCAAGCAUUGCAGAAUUAAAGUAA